GCGCACGCGCACUUGUCCCGACCGCCGACGUUGUGUCGGCUUUCGCUUCUUCGAGGCUCGAGAGGGACGACGGACAGAAGAAAUCGAAGGGAAAGCGAGUGGAGUUCCUCCCCUCGCUUCCUCCUUUGGUUUCUUGCUGCUUCUUGGCGAGGAGGCGUGGGCAGCUCCCGUGGCCUUCCGUUGUCAGCAUCUUUGUUGUGCAGUGCUAGAAAAAAGGUUUCUCCUUUUGCUCCUCCUGCUUUCCUCUUUGGUAGGAAAGCGCUGGGACUCGUAGGCGAACUCGCGGCCGUUCGUCUGAUGGCAGUGGGUGGUAGCUUCUAUCAAUGGCAGAAAGAUGCGUUCUUUUCCGCGGCGGAGGCGGUUCAGGAAUCGGCCGACAUAAUGGAAUCUACUUAUAGAAUGUGGACGCGAAACCGUAGGAAUGGAUUUGGUUUAGAAGCUUCAGAUGAAUUGAGUAGGGAGCUUCAAACUGCUCUGGGCACUGCAAAGUGGCAGCUGGAGGAGUUUGAGAAGGCCGUCAGAGCGAGUCAUGGCAAUUACUCGUCCCAGGAGAAUAAUACAAUCGAUAGGCACUGGCAGUUUGUUGCUGCGAUACGAAAUCAAAUUUUGCUUGUUGAGAAAGAACUGAAUCAUUCGCUCAUCGUAGAAGGGAAGCGACCACUGCGGUGGGUGCAAUUGAAUGACGACGAACGAGAUGAUCUUGCAGUUUUUCUUUCUGGUGUGCCGCACAAAUUUCAACGACCAAAGCAUAAAAACGCUGAGCUUGCGAGGAGUUUUAAGGAUGUGGUCACAAUCAAUAAGGGCAAGGAAUGUGUCGAGGAAUUCAGAGCAAAAGAACCGUACAAAAGCAAGGUUGAUGAAGUGCAUGCAAAGGUAGUGCAGUUAAAUGGGCAAACCGGGGUACUGAGUUCACCAGAUAGCGGUGGUGCUUGGAAAAUUGUAAUUGCCAAUGAGGACACCGAUAAAGGAUCAACUGAAGUUAGACCAGAGAUAUUAAAUCAUGGAUAUAGUCAAUCUGGUAUCCUGGGAAAUGUUGAAUCUACAUCAAAGUUGAAAUUGUUUAAGAACAAUCCGUGGAAGGCUAAAAAUGAGGAGCGUCUUCCGUUGAGGAAUGGGUUGUCAUAUUACCUUGACUCAAAGGGAAUAAGGUGGUUUGCUCAGGGAGUUAAUGGUUUUACCGAAAGAAGCAAGAAUUGUUUUAGCCAUGGCGGAUUCCAAAGGAAUAUAUUGGGAUCACAACAACAGAUGCAUUUUGUGCAUUCCCUCCGAAUUGCUUUCUUGCUCAUGUUGAGUUUUAUUUUAGUCGUACCAUUUGUUCUUUACUCCGCAUGAAGAGAUCCUUGGUCAUUAAAGAAGUACGAGAUUGUAUCUCUAGAUGUUUCAUAAGAGCAUCAUUUUGGCCAAGAUCCCAACGGAGACCAGAUGAUAUACAAAUUCAAUCGACAACAUAUCUGGUGUAAGCUCAAAAAAUAGAUAUGCACAGUGUGAUCCAAGUUUUGGAACCUUGCACAUUAUAUAUAGUCAAUAGCAUGGUAAUUUUUCCUACAUCAACACAAACAUACAUGACAAGCAAUGUUUUUUUUUUUUUGUGUAUAUUGUUUUUGGGUACAUGUUUUUUGUUAUUGUUGUUUUUUUUUUUUCUAUCAAAGGGAGGAAAAUUUAAAAGAGGUGUAUAUUUCGUUGACAAAAACAAUGAAGCAGAAAUUGCAAGGA